AUGGCGGAGAACGGCCAAUUGGGGGAGAUCCACGCCGUAGAAGCUUCUUGCCUCGACCCUCAGGAUAAGAACGCCUUCUACGUCACCUUUUCCGAGCAGUCGGGUGGUAUCUUCGUCGACGCAGGCAUUCACCUAAUCGAUGCCGGCCGUUACUUCCUCGACGUCGAAAAGAACAUCCCCAACCCCGCCAAGCAAGUCAACCGCGUGGUCGCCUUCGGCCAGCAGUCCGUCUACGGCGAGCUCGCGCGCUUCGGCGACGCCGACAACGCCUGGGGCCUCGUCGAGUUCGCCAACGGCAAGAUCCUGCACACGCGCCUCAGCCGCACCAUCACCAACGGCUUCGAGGCCGCCACACGCGUCUGCGGGACCAAGGGCCACUCCGUCAUCAACGGCAACUCGACCCUCAACCGCGUCGAGAUCCGCGACGAGCACGGCGUGCGUACCGCCUCGACCCCCGACGCCUUCGCGUUGUAUGACAAGACCUUCAUCAACGACAUUGCCGAGUUCGCUACUGCGGUGCUGGAUGACCGCCCGCUAUCGUGCUCGCCGGACGAUGCGCUUGAGGCAGGCAAGAUUGCGUGCGCGCUGCAGCACUCGUUCCGUCUUGGCGAGCCGGUGUACUUUGAUGAGGCGGGGGAGCCGAUUUUGAAGCCUCUUCCGACGAAAUAG